AUGGACGGCGAUCCAGCUGUGGAGCCAGAAUUGGACUCUUUUAGUUUGACCCUUCCUCUGCCUUAUAGAAUUGCUUUGGCUAUCGUUUUAGGUACCGUCUCUCUGCUGGUAUUUUCUGCCACUUCUUAUAUUGACUAGUAUACAGGAGUUUGGGCAUGGGGUGUAAAUCUACAGUUUCUUUCUCUAGCUAAAAUUGUGCGUUGCUCCCCCUCUGUCGCAUACGCACACGCAUACGCCUACGCAUACCCCUUUUAUGCUGGGUCGCAAACAAUAUGAAAGGACUCGCAAAUUUAACAGCGUCUUCUAGGAUGUCCCACAUCUCCUACAGUACCCAGGGAGGAAUUCUCCUCGAACCGAUCCUCCGCAUUACCUCUCAACAUACCGACUUGCGACAUUUCUCAGUAUCCCUUUGGCAUUCUCACUCCUCCUCUUCUGGGCCCUCUCUCACCACAACCCAGAACUAGUCAUAUUCUACGAUUUUCUUCCCAUAUCAUAUCUCUGCCUCCUCGCAGGCCUCUUCCUCCUUCCCAUUCGACAGUUCUCUUCUGCCGGACGUACACGAUUUCUCACAACCCUUCGUCGAGUCUCGAAAGGUGGAAUUGCGCAAACGGGACAGGGCAAAUUUGGAGAUAUUCUAUUAGCAGAUGUUUUGACAUCGUAUGCUAAAAUUAUCGCAGACCUGUUUGUUGCGCUUUGCAUGUUUUUCAGCUCAGAUGGGUCCGCAACAAAACGACCAGACCGGGGAUGUGGAGGGGAAUACAUAGUGCCAAUCGUCAUCGCCAUCCCGUCAAUGAUCCGGUUGCGUCAAUGUAUAAUUGAAUACCUCCGAGUACGAGCCAGCAAUCGACGAAAUGGAGGAAUAGGUUCUCAGGGAUGGGGAGGCCAGCAUUUAGCAAACGCUUUGAAAUAUUCAACCGCAUUUCCCGUCAUCAUUUUCUCUGCGCUGCAACGAAACUUGAGUCGAAACCACGAAGAUAUAGGGGUCACAGCAAAGACCCUUUACCGCCUCUGGGUUUUUGCUGUCUUCACGAAUAGCAUGUACAGCUUCUACUGGGAUGUGGUCAAGGAUUGGGAUCUAACACUCUUCUCCCCGAAACGCACUUCGGCCUCUCACCCCUUCGGUCUUCGUGCCCGACUUUUCUUUCCGGCAAAGGAAAUCUACUACGUCGCUAUCGGAACCGAUUUUCUCCUCCGAUGUACUUGGUCCCUCAAGCUCUCUCCUCAUCUUGACCACUUUGCGGAUUUUGAAAGUGGUAUCUUCUUAUUGGAGAUUUUGGAGGUUAUAAGGAGAUGGAUAUGGAUAUUCUUCCGUGUGGAAACAGAAUGGGGGAGGGGUGUCAACUUAGCCAAUCUGGGUGCUCCCGGACAAGGCGAUGUGCUAUUAGAAGAUUACGAUAGUGAAAGGGACGACAGUGAUUAGAUUUCCUGAUUUCUUAGCUUUUGUUGUAAAAAUAUCCCAGGGUUAGGAUUACGACUUGGCGUUUUUAUGGGUUACCUGGUGGUUGGUUUAUAUGAAUUAUGUUACUUUGAAACGCAUAGAUAAAUAUAUAGAUGCUCAAGGAC